GCUCGCUCCCACUCAGCCAGGAUAGUUKAGGACAGCCGAGCACAGCAAGCCUCCCUUCUCUGGACAGCAUGGGACUCACUCAGGACCCCAACUUUCAGAAGCUGCAGGACUGGUACACUGCCCACGCCCUGAACCUCAAUGUGAGACACAUGUUUGAGGCUGACAAAGAGAGAUUCAAUAAAUUCAGCCUYACACUCAACACAGAGGAUGGAGACAUUCUUCUGGAUUACUCAAAGAACCUCAUCACUGAAGAAGUCAUGAAAAUGUUGGUUGACCUGGCCAAGUCAAGGGAGAUUGAAGCUGCUAGAGAGAGGAUGUUUACUGGAGAGAAGAUCAACUUCACUGAGGGGCGCGCUGUGCUUCACGUUGCUYUGAGGAACCGUUCCAACACUCCAAUCACGGUUGAUGGCAAGGAUGUAAUGCCUGAAGUCAACAAGGUUCUGGAGAAGAUGAAAGGCUUUUGUCAUAGGGUUCGCAGUGGGGAGUGGAAGGGCUACACAGGAAAGGCCAUCACAGACRUUGUAAAUGUCGGAAUUGGAGGAUCAGACCUUGGUCCGCUGAUGGUGACUGAAGCCCUGAAGCCUUACUCAAAGGGGGGUCCCCAAGUGUGGUUCGUGUCCAACAUUGAUGGGACUCACAUUGCCAAAACCCUGGCUCAGCUCAACGCUGAGACAACCCUCUUCAUCAUCGCAUCCAAGACGUUCACCACUCAAGAAACUAUCACCAAUGCUGAGUCAGCCAAAGCCUGGUUUCUUGAACAUGCCAAAGAUAAAGCUGCUGUUGCCAAGCACUUUGUUGCUCUCUCCACAAAUGCUCCCAAAGUGAAGGACUUCGGCAUCGACACGGAGAACAUGUUCGAGUUCUGGGAUUGGGUCGGAGGUCGCUUCUCCUUGUGGUCUGCUAUUGGAAUGGCCAUUGCUUUGCAUAUUGGCUUUGACAAUUUUGAGAAACUUUUGUCAGGAGCCCACUGGAUGGACAAACACUUCCGUUCUGCUCCCCUGGAUAAAAACGCCCCCGUGUUACUGGCUUUACUGGGCAUCUGGUACAUCAACUUCUUCCACGCUGAGACACACACUAUGCUGCCCUAUGACCAGUACAUGCACCGUUUUACUGCAUACUUCCAACAGGGAGACAUGGAAUCAAAUGGAAAGUACAUCACCAACCAUGGAGCUCGAGUCAAUUACCACACAGGACCAAUAGUGUGGGGGGAACCGGGAACAAAUGGGCAGCACGCCUUCUACCAGCUCAUCCACCAAGGAACACGAAUGGUCCCAGCUGACUUCCUGAUCCCAGCUCAGACUCAGCAUCCCAUCAGAGACAACCUGCAUCACAAGAUUUUGUUAGCCAACUUUCUGGCGCAGACAGAAGCAUUGAUGAAGGGUAAAACCACAGAGGAGGCCAGGAAGGAGCUGGAGGCAAGUGGCCUGAGCGGAGAGGCUUUGGAGAAAAUUUUACCUCACAAGGUUUUCCAAGGAAAUCGACCAACCAACUCCAUCAUCUUCAAGAAACUUACACCCUAUACACUCGGAGCACUAAUAGCCAUGUAUGAGCACAAAAUCUUUGUCCAGGGUGUAAUGUGGGAGAUCAACAGCUUUGACCAGUGGGGAGUCGAACUGGGUAAGCAGCUUGCAAAGAAGAUUGAGCCAGAACUCAAGGACACCGCAGAGGUCCACUCCCACGACUCAUCCACCAACGGACUCAUCAACUUCCUCAAGAAAAAUUUUGCCUAAGUUUGAAUCGUUCCUUUGAACGUGAUUACCCUUCAGAUCAGUUCAGGAUCUGCCUGGACGAGAGUCUCGCUGAGGCAGCUGGUCUCUCCCACGCAGCCGAGCCGAAGCCCUCCAUGUUUGUGCUCCCAUUAUGAAUAUUGUGACUGUCUACAGUUCUGCCUUUGCUGUGUUACAAGUGUAGUCAGUUGUUGCUGCAGGCAGAAUGAAUCAUUCUCUCAUUGUCUCUACUGCCGCAGGAAUUUGUGUUUUUGAAAUAAAUAUCCUUUACCUGAUCCUCAGUUGCACUCUCAAGGCAGAGUUGCUCAGUAUUCACCUACAGCAUGAGCAAAUGAGCCAAAAGUGCGUCAGAAAAUAGGCCGUCACUAGAUGUCACCAGAGAGCCUGGUUUAUUUCCUGGGAGGUAAUUUCUGGCCUCACAAAAAUGACCAUUUGUUGGAACAAAAGUGCAGAGUUCAUUUCGUUUGUGGUGCUUUCCUCCUCCCCGCAGGUCCCCAGACUCCGCAGCAGCAUCCAUUUAGAGAGGAAAAACAAACAGCAUCUGGAUCACAAUCCACUCUUCAUUGGCACUUCAUCUAAACAUCAUUAAAGUAAAUGGUUUGAAAACA